UCCUGAUAUUUUAGAAGAAGGAGUUAUCGAUAAAGAUGAAUACAUUAAUGUAUUUGAUAGCUUCUUUGCUAAAAAUGGAAAACGUGCAAUUAUUAUACACUUUCAAUCAAUGGACCCACUACCAUACGAAUCUGGACGAUGGAGCCCGCAAUACGAACAAGAAAAUGGAGUUAUACGUUGCUGUGUUACCGAUGGUUCUACAGAAGACAUAUCUGGUAAAUGUGUCAUAGUUUAUAGAUUGAGAUCAAACAUUGAUUUUGAGACUAAAGAUAUUCUCGAGGAAACGUAUUAUGCUUAUGCAGAAGUUGACCCUGCAUCUCCUAGUGCACUUGCAGCUAUAUCGGAGUUAAUUUUAAGAUUAAAUUUACCAGCAAUAGUCGCUAAUACAAUGUGGGGUGAAUUAUCAAAAAAUGAAGCUGGCGAAAAAGUGAAAAACAAUUUUAUCUGCGAUUUUAGAGAUUUCUGUGAAUUUUUGAGUAUGAUCAAGAUAGAUUUAGAGAACACGAUAAAAUUUGAAAUAGAUUGGGACAUAUAUAACAAGUAUUUAACGCUGCCAAUGGAUAAUAUGGAGAGCGACACCAAUCUGUUAGCAAUCGAUGCUAUAGAGAAUAAUGUUAGAAUUUGGAUGAAAAGUAUAGAACGGGCUGUUGUUGAGAGUCAACAAUUACGUAGAGAAACUGAAACAAUGGGACCAAACGCAGAGCUCACAUAUUGGAGAAGACUGUUGGCACGUUUUUCAUCGAUCAUUGAACACAUUAAAUCACCCUUUACACAAAAAUAUCUAGACUUCUUAACACGAAUAAAAUCGAAACAUAUAAAGAAAUGGAAAAUAUUGGAGAAUAAUGUUAGAACGAUACAAAUCCUGUCGGAAGACAAUGUAAAGUAUUUAUAUGCAUUGGAAAAGUUUACUCAACCUUUGUACAGGUUUGAUCCGACACAAAUUGGGAAAUAUUUACCUCCCCUUAUGUAUGCUAUACGAAUGAUAUAUGCUUCUUCACGCUUUUUUAAUACAAGAAGGAUGGUCACAGCAGUUUUUGUGAAAAUGACGAAUCAAAUGAUUUUAGCAUGUAAAGCUUAUUUAACGGAGGAUAGUGAAAUAAAUAUUUGGGACGAAUCUAAAUCUGUUAUGAUAUCUAAAAUAAAGGAUUGCACGAAAUUAUGUGAACAAUAUUACGAUUACUACAAUGAAAUGUGUAAACAAGUAAGAGAAUCUGCCGAUGAAAAGCCUUUUGAAGUGUCCGAGAUGUAUGUUUUUGGGAAAUUUAAUACCUUUAAAGCAAGGAUAAUAAAAAUUAUGAAUGUUUUUCAGACAGCAUUAAUGUAUUCGAUCCUUCAUAGUUCCGCGAUACAAGGAAUAGAUGUAUUUGCAAACAAAUUUUCGAGCUUUUUUCAGAAUAUUGCAUUGCAAAAUUAUGAUCCAUUAGAUCACAGAAAACCGUACUUUGACACUGACUAUGAUAAAUUUACAAAAUCUGUAGCAGAGACUGAAACAGAAUUAAGAAAUUUUUUUUAUAAAUGUGUCUCCGAGGCACCAAAUAUAACAGAGGCAUUGAAGGUAAUAGCAAGAUUCGAGAAAUUGAAAUUCAAACACCUGAGAAUCGACAGGAAAUAUUUAGAACUUAUAGCAUUGUUUCAAAAAGAGAUUGAAGAUGUACGUGAUCGAUACAACGAAGAUAGAUCGGAUCCACCAAUUCCACGAAAUGUUCCACCCAUUGCUGGUCGCAUUUUAUGGAUUAGACAGCUUUAUAGGCGCAUCGAAAGUCCAAUGGAAUCAUAUAAAAAAUGCAUAAGAGUGCUUAGUCACGAUUAUAUGCAAAGGUGUAUAAAAAUUUACAAUGCUCUAAUUAGCGUUUUUAUACAUUAUGAAUUAAUAUACCAUAAAGCGUGGUAUGAUUCUUCGGAAAUUGUACGAUUGGCAUUAGCUUCACCCUUACUUAUACGACAUCUGGAAACAAACAAAUAUCAGUUAAAUUUUGAUUCAUAUAUCAUUGAAGUGAUACGUGAAUCGGAACAUAUGGACAGAUUUAAUUUAGAAGUACCAGAUUUUAUACAAAUAAUAACAUUCUGUAAAAGCAAAAUAUUUUCAUCGUACGAAACAGUAAGAAAAUUGGUCGAUGAAAACAAUGCUUUAAGGCGAAGAAUACCAAUACUGUUUCUGAAUCUGAUAAAAAUUGUUCUUGCUAAUCUUGAAAUUACCUUUCAACCUUGCUUAUCUGUAAUAACGUGGACGUCUUUGAAUAUUUCUGAAGUGUGUGACAAAAUAAAGGAAGCUCUUACAUCCAUGGAAAUUUUUGUUAAAGAGAUAACAGACAUGAAAGAGGCAAGAGUCGACGAGGUGUUUGAAUCUAUUUCAGAAAUCAUAUUACUGAAACUUGACAAUUAUCCGAAAAAGCCAACUCAACUUUUAGAUGACAAUGUUGCCUAUGCAAAUAUAGUAGGCGAUGAUAUUGAAAUAAAAUCAUCUGCAGCUGAAAAUGCUGUUAUAACGAUUAUCAAUAAAUUCAUGGACUUCAUAAUCGAUGAAUCUGUUCAAAACAUUAAAUACAAUUGGAUGGACCUGCAGAAAUUACACAAAAAUAUUUCAGACACAAAAUUGCUAAAAGGGAAAUAUGAACCAGGUUUUGCUCCCAUCGAAAGAACACAUAAGGUUCAAAUAAGUAAGGUGCAUAACGAUUGCAUGGAAUUAUUUGCACACUUCAAUAAUAAACUUAUAGACGCUUUAGUGAAAUCCACUAAAAAGUCCCUUGAAUUAUUAAAGAAAUAUAUACGAGAUGAUUUUAUAUCAUUGGACAUGGAAUUAAUAUUGUUGGAAGAAACGUACGCAUUAAUGGGAAGAUUCAAUAUUCCUGUCUCGAAGGAGGAACACAAUAUAGUAGACAGCCUUCGAUACAACUUUACAAACAUGUUAAAUACGGCGAAAGAAGUUCAAGCAAAAAUUUGUGAGAUGCAAGAACCGCUGAAGAAAGAACUAACGGAUGGUGUUGCUGUUUUUAAACAGGAUGUGAUUAAUUUUGACCUCGAUUUUGAACUCAAUGGUCCAAUGGUUGAAGGAAUACCAGCCAAAGAAGCUAGCGAUCGGCUCAUUCUUUUUCAAGCACGACUCGAAGAAUUGUGGGAAAGAUAUUUGACUUAUAGUAGCGGUGAGAGUUUAUUUGGAAUUGAAGUAACCGAUUAUCCUGCUCUUCACCAAAGAAGAAGAGAAAUAAACUUGUUGCAGAAAUUAUAUUCCCUGUACCUACAAGUGAUAAGAACUAUCGAUAACUAUUAUGAGAUACGAUGGUCCGAUAUUGAUAUCGAGUCCAUUGUCACUGAAUUAGCCGACUUCCAGAACAGAUGUCGAAGAUUGCCAAGAGCUAUGAGAGAUUGGCCUGCUUACAUUGACUUGAAAAAGAAAAUUGAUGAUUUUAAUGAGACUUGCCCUCUGUUAGAAUUGAUGGCAAAUAAAGCAAUGCAAGAAAGACACUGGGAAAGAAUGUCGAAACUAUGUAAAUAUCAUUUUGAUAUCGAGUCAGAUGUAUUCACGUUGGCAAAUGUAAUGCAGGCACCUCUAUUAAAAUACAAAGACGACGUAGAGGAUAUAUGUAUUAGUGCGGUAAAAGAGCAGGAUAUAGACAGCAAAUUGAAGCAAAUUAUUGCAGAAUGGGCCACGGUAAAUUUGCAAUUUUCUCAUUUCAAGCAAAGGGGAGAUCUACUCCUGAAAGGCGCAGAAACAGCUGAAAUAAUAUCUUUGCUCGAAGAUAGCUUGAUGGUGAUCAGUUCGCUCUUGGCAAAUCGCUACAACACGCCCUUUAAAAAGGAUAUCCAACUGUGGCAAUUCAAACUCAGUAACACUUCUGAAAUUUUAGCCAAGUGGUUAACUGUACAAAAUUUAUGGGCAUACUUAGAAGCGGUAUUCAUUGGCGGUGAUAUAUCCAAGCAACUUCCAGCAGAGGCAAAACGCUUUAAUAAUAUCGACAAAGCUUGGGUCAAGAUUAUGUAUAGAGCACGCGAAAGACUGAAUGCUGUGGAGACGUGUACUGGAGAUGAAACAAUGAGUCAGUUUCUGCCACAUUUAUUGGAACAAUUGGAAUCUUGUCAAAAAUCUCUUAGCGGAUACUUAGAAACGAAACGAAGCAUAUUCCCAAGGUUUUGUUUCGUGUCAGAUCCUACAUUGUUGGAAAUACUUGGUCAAGCAGCCGAUUGCCAUACCAUUGUGAAAUAUCUUGAUGGUUUCUUUGACAAUGUGGCGAAGCUAGACUUCAGCGAGAAAGAAUACGAGAAGAUUGUGGCCAUGUACUCGCGUGAAAAUGAAAAAGUAGAAUUGGAAAGAGAAGUUAUAUGUACAGGAGGCGUAGAAAACUGGCUGAACACUUUGUUGACCGUGCAUCAACAGUCUGUGGGUAGUGUGAUCUCGCAGGGAUUGCAAACUCUCACUUCUGAAGAGUUCGACAUGAUACAAUUGAUAGACAAUUCGAUUUUACAAGUAGGGUUGUUAGCUUUGCAAGUUAUGUGGACUCGUGAUUCCGAGGUAGCGCUUAGAACAGCGAAACGAGACAGAGGCGUGAUGAAGAGAACGAAUGAAUGGUUUCUCGAUUUGUUAAACGUUCUCAUUGACGUGACUGUCAAGGAUUUAACGAAAUACUCGAGGGCCAAAUACGAGGCUUUAAUUACAAUACAUGUCCAUCAGAGAGACAUAUUCGAUGAGCUAUUUCGCUUUCGGGUUCGUAAUGUAUUGGACUUCGAAUGGUUGAAACAGAGUAGGUUUUAUUACGAUAGCGACACGGAGGAUGUUCCUAUCAAAAUUACGGAUAUCGAUUUCGUAUAUCAAAAUGAGUUUUUGGGCUGUUCAGAUCGUCUUGUUAUCACACCACUCACGGAUAGAUGCUACAUAACGUUGGCGCAAGCUGUAGGGAUGAAUUUCGGCGGUGCACCAGCAGGUCCAGCUGGCACCGGCAAGACAGAGACCACGAAAGAUAUGGGGAAGGCCCUUGGAAAAUACGUGAUCGUAUUUAAUUGUUCUGAUCAAAUGGAUUUCCGCGGUUUAGGUAGAAUAUUUAAGGGAUUAGCCAUGUCUGGUUCGUGGGGCUGUUUCGACGAGUUUAAUCGGAUUGAUUUGCCGGUAUUAUCCGUGGCCGCUCAGCAAAUAGCAAUUGUACUUACUGCACGAAAAGAAAGGAAAACAUCUUUUCUAUUUAGCGACGGCGAAGUGUACAAUUUAAAUUACGAACUUGGACUCUUCAUUACAAUGAAUCCUGGUUACGCUGGUCGCCAAGAAUUGCCAGAAAACUUAAAGAUAGAAUUCAGAAGCGUGGCCAUGAUGGUUCCUGAUAGACAGAUAAUUAUGCGCGUUAAGCUGGCAGCUUGUGGUUUCAAAGAAAACAUUUUACUGUCACGGAAAUUUUUUACACUUUAUAAAUUGUGCGAGGAACAGCUGAGCAAACAAGUACAUUAUGAUUUUGGUUUAAGGAAUAUAUUGUCUUGCUUAAGAACUCUCGGUGCACAGAAACGAGCAAAUCCCACUGACUCUGAAGAAACUACUCUGAUGAGAGUGCUAAGAGACAUGAAUCUAUCUAAAUUAGUGGACGAAGACGAGCCGUUGUUUAUGUCCCUUAUCAAUGAUAUGUUCCCAGGAAUUAAACUUAAAUCUCAUACGUACAAAGACUUGCAAAAAGCUAUAGGAAAUGCAACCGCUGCGCUUGGAAUAAUGAAUCAUCCAGAGUGGAACUUGAAAACAAUUCAAUUGUACGAGACUAAUCUUGUUCGUCACGGUCUGAUGGUGCUUGGACCAACGGGAUCUGGAAAAACGCAAUGCAUGUGGGCGCUCAUGAAAGCUUUAACAGAGAUGGGUAUGCCGCAUAAAGAAGUUAGAAUGAAUCCAAAGGCCAUAACAGCUGCUCAAAUGUUUGGAAAGCUCGACGUCACGACCAACGACUGGACAGACGGUAUAUUCUCCACUAUAUGGAGAAGAUCGAUACAAACAAAGAAAACAGAUAAUUUGUGGAUAGUUUUGGAUGGACCGGUAGAUGCAGUUUGGAUCGAAAACUUGAAUUCGGUCUUGGACGAUAACAAGACUUUGACUUUAGCGAAUGGUGAUCGCAUAAUAAUGGUGUCGAACAGCAAAUUAGUUUUCGAGCCAGACAAUGUUGAUAACGCAUCGCCAGCGACGAUAUCACGCAUGGGAAUGGUAUUUAUCAGCGCUUCUGUACUAAAAUGGAGUCCUAUUCUAGAGGGAUGGUUCUUGAAACGACAACCUUCGGAAGUAGAAACAUUGCGUAACAUGUUCAACAAAAUAUAUGACGAUGCUCAUACUUUUGUUCAAACGAGACUUCCAACAAAAAUGACCAUUUUGGAAGCAAUCUAUAUAAGGCAAUGUAUCGAUUUAUUGGAAGGUUUGCUCUGUUCAGACAAAGAUCCAGCAAAAGUACUGUCGGCCAAUCACAUCGAGAAGAUAUUCUUGUUCUCUCUUAUGUGGAGUUUGGGAGCGGUAUUGGAAUUAGAAGAACGUAAUGCAUUGCAGGAGUUCUUAAUUAAUCAUGCUUCGAAGUGCAAUUGGCCACAGUGCAAGGAAGAUGAAACUAUUUUUGAAUACUUAGUAUCGGAUCACGGGGAAUGGUUACAUUGGUCUGAAAUGGUACCAGAGUUUAUAUAUCCACCGGAUGAAGUUCUACAGUAUUACACGAUACUAGUUCCUAACAUAGAUAACACAAGAACGAUGUUUCUAAUCGAUACUAUUGCGAAACAAAGGAAGGCAGUGCUAUUGAUAGGAGAGCAGGGUACUGCGAAAACUGUAAUGCUCGAAAGCUACAUGUCCAAUUACGAUCCUGAAGAACACUUGCAUAAAUCUUUCAGUUUCUCAUCCGCAUCUACACCUAAUAUGGUUCAGCGUAUAUUUGAAAGCUACGUGGAGAAAAGGGUUGGGACCACUUACGGGCCCCCAGGUGGUCGGAGAAUGACCAUUUUCAUUGACGACAUAAAUAUGCCAGCCAUAAACGAAUGGGGGGAUCAAAUUACAAACGAGAUUGUCCGUCAGCUAAUGGAAUACAACGGCUUCUAUUCUUUGGAUAAGCCGGGUGAUUUCUGUAUUAUACAGGACAUUCAGUUAGCUGCCGCUAUGAUUCACCCAGGCGGCGGUAGAAACGAUAUUCCUCCAAGACUGAAGAGGCAAUUUAAUAUCUUUAAUUGCACAUUGCCUUCGAACAAAUCGAUGGACACGAUAUUCAAAACCAUUGGUCAAGGAUAUUUUUGUGAUAGCAGAUUUGACGAGAUUAUCGUGAACUUCUUGCCCAAACUGAUACCUUUAACCAGAGUCUUGUGGCAGCAAACUAAGUUAAGGAUGCUACCGACACCGGCGAAGUUUCAUUAUGUAUUCAAUUUAAGGGAUUUGUCUCGAAUUUGGGAAGGCAUCCUCAGAAUAGAGAGAGCCGAGUGUGAUUCUAUAACCAGAUUGCUGAAACUUUGGGAACACGAAUGUACCCGUGUAAUCGCAGACCGAUUCACGACAGAGACAGACACGCAGUGGUUUCAAAACACAUUAAGGCAUACGGCAGAAAAGAUGUUGGGCAACGAUUUUAAGCACUAUGUUCCUGUUGAAACAUACUUUGUGGAUUUCUUACGCGAGCCACCAGAACCCACAGGAGACGAGCCAGAAGAUUUUGUGAUAGAGGCGCCAAAGAUCUACGAAGAAAUGCCAAGUUAUGAUGCUGUGAUCGUGAAAGUUCGACAAAAUAUGGAACAAUUCAACGAGUACAUUCGUGGGAUGCAUCUGGAUUUAGUGUUUUUUCACGAUGCAUUGGUACAUCUAAUACGUAUAUCAAGAAUACUUGGUGUUCCAAGAAGCAACGCCAUGUUGGUAGGGGUCGGAGGAUCAGGCAAACAAAGCUUGACACGGUUGGCAUCUUUCAUUGCGGGAUAUAGCUUCUUCCAAAUAAUAUUAUCCAGGAGCUACAACAUUGGAAGUUUGAUAGAGGAUCUACGAAAGCUCUAUCGCACUUCUGGCACUGGGAGCAAAGGGCAUACAUUUAUAUUUACCGAUAACGAAAUAAAGGAAGAAGGCUUUCUAGAGUACAUCAAUAAUAUUUUGAGCGUCGGAGAAGUCGCUAACCUAUUUCCAGCCGAUGAACUCGAUGACAUCUUAACGACAGUUACUCCGUUGAUGAAGAUUGAUGAUCCAAGGCGACCACCAACACCGGAUAACCUUUAUGACUAUUUCAUAUCACGUGCACGGAAUCAUUUGCACGUAGUAUUGUGCUUCUCGCCAGUUGGAGAAAAGUUCAGAUCUCGAGCACUGAAGUUUCCAGGCCUGAUAUCCGGCUGUACAAUAAAUUGGUUCUGGAGAUGGCCACGGGACGCGCUGUACGCAGUAGGUGAACAUUUUCUAAAGAAGUUCAAAGUAAUUUGCACCCCGGAGGUGAAGCUACAGUUGAUUGAAGUUAUGGGAGAUGUGCAAGAUGAUGUCAAUGACAUUUGCACAGAAUACUAUGAUAGAUUUCGAAGACAGGUGUACGUCACUCCAAAAUCGUUUUUAACUUUCUUGGAAGGGUACAAAGCGUUGUACAAGCAACGGUUGGAUAACAUUAAUACCCUCGCUUUCCGUAUGAGCAAUGGUUUAAAUAAAUUAGUGGACGCUGCAGCUCAGGUCGACGAGUUGCGAAAAGUGUUGGAGAAGAAUCAACAGGAGAUUGCAGAAAAGAACGUGCAAGUGGAAGCUAUUUUGGUUACCGUUAAUGAAAAAAAGCGAGAGGCUGAGGCAGUCAAGGCUCAGGUUCAAAUUUCCAAAGACGAGGCUGAAUCUAUUUUGAAAGUAAUAGCGAAAGAGAAGGUAGUAGCGGAACAGAAACUGAAAGCUGCUGAGCCAGCGUUAUUGGCAGCAGAGGCUGCAUUACAAACCAUAAAAGCCACAGAUAUUGCUACGGUUCGUAAGCUAGGCAAACCGCCAUAUUUGAUUACUCUUAUAAUGGAUUGUGUGAUAAUACUGUUUGGAAGAAAAUUGGAACCAGUUAAGCCCGAUUAUGAACGUCAGUUUUUAAUGCCUUCCUGGCCAGAAGCAUUAAAAGUCUUGGCUGAUACUAGAUUUCUAUAUCAUUUGCAAAACUUCCCGAAAGACAAUAUCAACGCAGAAACUGUCGAUUUGAUGCAACCAUAUUUAAACUAUCAUUUGUACACCUACGAAGCUGCGAAACAAGCUUGCGGGAAUGUCGCUGGUCUGAUUCAGUGGACAAUUUCUAUGGUUACAUUUUAUGGAAUAAACAAAGACGUCCUUCCUCUGAAAGCAAAUUUGGCUGUGCAAGCAAGUAAAUACGAAAAAGCGAAUCAAAAUUUAAUGGAAGCUGAGAAUCUUCUCAAAUCUAAAGAUGAAGAUUUGAAGAUCGUUCAAAGCGAGUUUGAUGCAGUAAUGGAAGAACGUCAAGUAAUAGUCGAUUUAGCUGAUGCUUGUCAAGCGAAAACAGACACAGCGACAGCAAUGAUCGAUGGACUUUCUGGGGAGAGGAUCAGAUGGACAGAACAGUUGAUUACAUUUAAGUCUGAAACCGAUCGUCUUGUUGGGGAUAUAUUAAUUUUAGUGGGUUUCUUGUCCUAUUGUGGACCAUUCAAUCAAGAAUUUAGAAGUCUUCUGCAACGAAAAUGGUUUGAUUUUGUCCAAGGUAGAAAGAUUCCAAUCUCCCUCAUAAUAAACAUUACGACCACUUUGACUGAUACCGCUACAGUUGGAGAAUGGAGCUUACAGGGUCUGCCGAGUGAUGAUUUAUCCAUUCAGAAUGGAAUCAUAGUAACGAAAGCAGCCAGAUAUCCACUUUUAAUUGAUCCGCAAUUACAAGGUAAAACAUGGAUAAAAAAUAAAGAGGCAGAGAGUAAUUUACAGGCUACACUUCUUACUGAUAAAUAUUUUAGAAACUAUUUGGAAGAUUGUGUUUCUCUUGGUCGUCCCUUGCUUAUUGAGGACGUGGCAGAAGAAUUAGAUCCCGUUUUGGAUAACUUAUUGGAGAAGAAUUUCAUAAAAAUUGGAACUUCUUUGAAAGUCAAAUUAGGUGACAAGGAAGUAGAUAUUCACUCAGAUUUUAGACUUUACAUUACUACAAAGUUACCAAACCCAUCGUACACACCAGAAAUAUUUGCUCGCACUAGUAUAAUUGAUUUUACUGUCACCAUAAAAGGUCUAGAAGAUCAACUUUUGGGAAGAGUGAUUUUAACAGAGAAAACUGAACUUGAGAGAGAAAAGACUCAACUGAUCGCAGAUGUAACUGCGAACAAUAGGAAGAUCAAAGAAUUGGAAGCCAAUCUUUUACAUAAAUUAACCACUGUAGAGGGUCCUUUAAUAGAAGAUGUAGAAUUAAUGUCGGUGUUGAACAUUACAAAGCAAACAGCGGCUGAAAUAACCGAGAAAUUAAGUAUCGCGAAGGAUACGGAAUUAAGAAUUGACACUGCACGAGAAGAAUUUAGACCGGUUGCAACGCGUGGCAGUGUUCUAUACUUUUUAAUUUGCGAUAUGGCUUUAGUAAACACUAUGUAUCAAACGUCGCUCGUCCAAUUUUUGGAGCGUUUCGACAUUUCUAUGGAAAGAUCAGAAAAAAGCCCGGUCAAUAUAAGAAGAAUAAACUUCAUUAUCGAAUACCUCACAUACGAGGUGUUCAGAUAUAAAGCACGAGGCCUUUACGAAAUCCAUAAAUACAUGUUCAUCUUAUUAAUGACAUUGAAGAUCGAUUUGCAACGUGAAGCUAUCACUCAUAAUGAAUUUCAAUUUUUCAUCAAAGGCGGUGCAGCCUUAGAUUUAAAUACAGUUGCACCAAAACCGUGCAAAUGGAUUACCGAUGUCACAUGGCUGAAUUUAGUUGCACUGUCUGCUUUAACACAAUUUCACUACAUUACGUCUCAAGUGCCAGCUGCUGAGAAACAAUGGAAACAUUGGUUCGACAAAGAGGCUCCGGAAGAAGAAGUGAUACCAAACGGAUACAACAGUUUGGAUACUUUUCGACGUCUGUUGUUGAUAAGAGCUUGGUGUAUGGACAGAACAUUGUCACAGUCGAGGAAGUAUAUAGCGAGUUCUUUAGGAGAAGAAUACGCAGAACCUGUAAUUACUCUUAUGGAGAUAAUGCACAGCGAAUCAAGACCAAAUACACCAAUGAUUUGCUUUUUAAGUAUGGGAUCUGAUCCCACGCCCAGCAUCGAACAACUUGCUAGAAAGUUAGAGAUUGCGUGCAAAAGUAUUUCAAUGGGACAAGGACAAGAAGUUCACGCACGACGGUUACUUCAGAGUGCAAAAACUGAAGGCUAUUGGGUAUUAUGUCAAAAUUGUCACUUGGGUCUAGACUACAUGGAAGAAGUGGUCAACUUUCUGUUGGAAAUGGAUGGGUCGCAUCCUGAUUUUCGUAUGUGGAUCACUACAGAACCGCAUAAAGAUUUUCCAAUUUCUCUUCUUCAAAUGUCUAUAAAGUAUACUUAUGAGCCUCCGCAAGGUGUACGGGCUGGUUUACUCUCCACUUAUACCGGUAUGAAUCAAGAAAUGUUAGAUCAAUGCGAUGUGCCACAAUAUAUACCAAUUAUAUAUACAGUAUCAUUUUUGCAUACUAUUGUACAAGAACGACGAAAAUUUGGAGCACUCGGUUGGAACAUACCGUAUGAAUUUAAUAUGGCAGAUUGGUUGGCAUCUUGUAUAUUUAUUAAUAAUCACUUGAACGAUUUUGAUAUUAAACAAGGCAUAAGUUGGCAGACUGUGCGGUAUAUGAUAGGAGAAGUGCAAUAUGGAGGACGUGUCACAGAUGAUUAUGAUAAACGACUACUAAAUACAUUCGCUAAACUUUGGUUUUCAGAAGCACUUUUUACAGAAGAUUUCGUAUUCUUCAAAGGCUAUCCUAUUCUUGUUUACAAACAAGUUACAGAUUACGUAAAAGUAAUAGAUGAAAUGCCAACUGUAGAUCCACCACAAGUUUAUGGCUUGCACAGUAACGCAGAUAUUACAUAUCAGAGUAAUACUACAAAAGCUGUUUUAGAUACUAUAGUAUCUGUGCAACCAAAAGAAGCAGGUGUUGGUGUUGGUGAAUCUAGAGAAGUAGUUGUAACGAGACAAGCGAAAGAAAUGUUAAGAAAACUACCACCAAUGUAUGAUCCAUUCGAAGUUAAACAAAGAUUGCAGGUAUUAGGUGCUACUACAUCGAUGACUAUUUUUUUGAAACAAGAAAUUGACAGGAUACAAAUAGUUAUUAAAUUGGUGAAUGUUAUUCUUAAAGAUCUUCUUCUUGCCAUAGAAGGUGUUAUCAUAAUGAGUGAGGAAUUAAGAGAUGCCCUCGAUAAUAUAUACGAUGCAAGAAUACCACAAAUAUGGAAAGCAAAAUCCUGGGAGUCAUCGUCCCUUGGAUUUUGGUUCACCGAAUUAUUAGACAGAAAUAAUCAAUUUUCUACUUGGCUAUACAGUGGUAGACCUGCAAAGUUUUGGAUGACUGGAUUCUUUAAUCCUCAAGGAUUUUUGACUGCGAUGCGACAAGAAGUAACCAGAGCUCAUGCAGAAUGGGCUCUAGAUAAUGUAACAUUGCAUAACGAAGUUAUACGUUAUAUAGCAGAAGAAAUUAAGACUCCACCCGUAGAAGGAGUUUACGUAUAUGGAUUAUUCCUCGAAGGGGCUGGCUGGGAUAGAAGGAACAACAGAUUAUGUGAAUCAGCGAAUAAAGUUUUAUACGUAUUAAUGCCUGUGAUUCACAUUUUUGCCUUGUACAACACCCCUGAUAAAGACCCAAAGUUGUACGAGUGCCCAGUCUACAAGAAACCGAUAAGGACGUACAUACAGUUGAUAACACCUCUAUGGCUACAAACAAAUAGACCCCCCGAGUUUUGGGUCUUACGUGGUGUCGCGUUAUUAUGUGAUAUUAAAUAA